AUGCUAAUAUUAAAUUACAUUUUGUUAAUAUUUGUUGUUUGGUCAGGUCGUUGCGAGGAACAACAUUGUUCCAUCGACAAUGCAGAAUUUUGUAACGAUGAGAAAGAAAUUAAUGUGUACAAGAAAGUUUUAAAUGAACAAUACAAUAAAUAUUAUCAUGCGAUCGACGAAGCCGAAAAAACUUACGAGUCGUGUAAUAAUACGAACAACGGAUGCUAUAGAGAUGUUAUUAUAUCUGAUUUAAAUCCUUUUAGAGAGAAAGGUAUAAACAAGGAUCUAGUGAAUACGGCAAAAAAUAGUUUAAAUUUAUGUCCUUGUAGAGGAACAUUUUAUCAAAUAAUACAAGGAAAGGUGUACAGACAAAAGGAUUGCAUGUUUCCAUCAAGAUGUUCAGGAAUAGAGCAUUUUCUUCUAAAACUUGCUUCUGAUUUACCAGAUGUGGAUUUAGUAGUAAAUACACGGGAUUAUCCUCAGUCAAGUAAAUAUUUCGGUGGUCCAUUGCCCAUUUUCUCGUUUAGUAAGACGCCACAAUAUUAUGAUAUUACAUAUCCAGCAUGGUCAUUUUGGGAAGGUGGUCCAGCAAUUUCUUUAUAUCCUCGUGGUCUUGGAAGGUGGGAUGAACAUCGUAUAUCUUUAGACAAGGCCAGCAAUAGCACUCCAUGGAAAGAGAAAAAAGAUAAAGGGUUUUUUCGAGGCUCUAGAACAAGUUCAGAACGUGAUAAUUUAAUACUUUUGAGCAGAAGUAAACCAGAUUUAGUAGAUGCUCAAUAUACAAAAAAUCAAGCAUGGAAGUCCAACGAAGAUACACUGUUUGCACCUCCAGCUACUGAAGUUUCUUUUAAUUCUCACUGUGAAUAUAAAUACUUAUUUAACUAUAGAGGCGUUGCAGCAUCAUUCAGGCACAAGCACUUAUUUUUGUGCAGAUCUUUAGUAUUUCAUGUUGGGGACGAAUGGACUGAAUUUUAUUACAAUGCAAUGUUACCUUGGAUUCAUUAUAUACCUGUUCCUAAGGAUGCCAAUCAAACAGUAUUAGAGGAAUUGAUACAAUUUGCAAAAAGUAACGACAAGUUGUCCAAGAAAAUUGCAGAUCGUGGAAGGGAUUUUAUAUGGGAUAAUUUGAAGAUGUCCGACAUUGUACAGUUUUGGAAAAAACUUCUGUUAAGGUAUUCUAAACUUUUAACAUAUAAAGUUAGUUUAGAUACAAGUUUAAUCCAAAUUAAGUCAAAGGGAAAAUUUUAAUAAUAGU